UCAAUGGAAAGGUAUUAAAAAUUGUUUAAAUACAGAAAAUAUUAUAAUAAAAUUUUUACAAGAUGAAUAUCCAAAAUAUAAUUUUGAUGAUAAAAAUUUGGAUGAAAUGGAACACAUCUAUAUUGCAUCAUUAUUUUUAUUGCAUGUAUCUCAAGAACCAUUAUUUUAUCAUCCAAUGUGUAUUAAUUUGCAACAUGAAACACAACUUAAAAUUAAAUCAUUUCUUGAAAUGAUUAUUCCAUAUGGCAAAAAUAUAAAUAGAGAAAUAUUAAGAGAAAUAAUUACUGAAGUAGAAACUGAUAUACCAAAAACACCUGUAACAUUACGAAAAAAAACACUUAAGGAUUUUUUUUAAUUCUCCUGCAACAUGGUCUGCUCAAACUCAUAAAUUAUUAAAUGAAAAAAAUAAAGAAUUGAGAAUGUUGAAAACUGAAUUAGAAGUAGAAAGAUUUGAAAAAGCUGAUUUACAGGAGGAUUUACGAAUUCAACAAAACAAAGUACAAAAUUUGCAAAAAAAAUUAGAAGAAAAGACUGUAGAAAUAAAAGCAUUAAAAGAAGAAAAAAUUAAACCAAAUACACCACAAUCUUGUAAAAAGAAUAAAGAUAUAAUAGAUUAUAAACAACAUUAUAAAAAAGAAAUAGAUCAUUUAGAAGAUCAAUUAAUGCAAAAACAAUGUGACAUAGAUAAACUUGAAGUAAAUAAUGAUACUUUAACAAAAAAAUUAACAUGCAUAGAAAUGCAAUGUAUAUAUUUUAAAGAAAAAGUAGAAAAUUGUGAAAAAUCUUUAGAAAAUUUACAAAUUCAAGGAGAAAUUAAAGACAGAGAAUUGAUAAAUUUAAGAAUGACUAAUGAAGAAUUGCGCAUUCAUUUAAAAGAACUUAACAAAACAGCAUUUGAAGAACAAAGUUUUGAAAUAGAUGGAAUAGCACCUUUACAGUCAUCUUCAACAUCUUUAAAUACCAGUGAAGUUUUAAGUUCUGUAAUUGAUAUUCAAUUACAAGAAGCAAAAGAAGAAUCUAUUUCAUUAAAGACUCAACUAGAUGCAGUAAAUGAAAAAUUGGAAUCCAUAACUCAAGAAUAUGAAAGUACAAUACAAUUUUUGAAAGAAGAGAUGCAAAUAUUAGAAAAUAAAGAAACCAAAUUAAAUACAGUUAUAAAAAAAUUGAAUAAUGAAAUUGAGAUUUUACAAAAAGAAAAAGAAACUUUAAUAAAUCAAAAUAAAAAUUUAGAAAUAGUAUGUAAUUCUCAAAAUGAAUCAUUGUCACAUGCUGAAAAAUUCAAAAAUAUAUCAAUCAUUGAAAUAAAUACUUUGAAAGAAAAAAUAAAAAAUUUAGAAGAAUCUUUAAACGAUGAAAAUAUAAAUAAUAUUAAAUUACACACUGAACUUACUCAACAUAAAUCACAAAUGCAUGAAAAUCUUGAAUGUAUCCAAAAUUUAAAAGAACAAAAUAAUUUAUAUAAAACUUCUAUAGAUUUAUAUAAUACAAAUUUGAAAGAAAUUAUAUUUCAUAAUUCAGAAAUUAAUUGUAUGGAAAAUAAUUUAAAUGAUAAAACAAUUACUGAACUUAUAAAACAUGUACAAAUAUUAAUAUGUAAUUUUAAUAAAAAAUAUACUUUAAAACAAAUAGAAGUAGAAACAUUAAAUAAUACAAUAGCAGAAAUUAAAUCAAAGCUUGAAAAUUCUCAAUCAUUAAUAUCUAUAUUAAAACAAAAAGAUGAACAAAAUAUUAUAGAAAUAUCAAAAUUAAACGGAAUUAUCAUAGAUAAUACAACAAAAAUUAAUGAAUUUACUAGCAUUAUAGAAAAAUAUUCCAAAGAAAUUUCAUGUUUAAAAGAUAUUGAGUUGCAGAAACAAGUUUUAGAGAAAGAUUUAUAUAUGUAUAAAGAAAAAGUAGAUAAAAAAAAUGCAUUAUUAAAAACUAUUACAACAUGUAUAAAAUCUUUGAAAACAAAUAUUCAAACUCUUGAAACAGAAUUUUAUUCAAUAAAAACAGAUGUGUUAAAUCAAAUAAAUGAAUACCAAAAAUACAAUAAAGAAACAAAUAAAAAUAUUUUAAAUGCUUAUAAAAUAUUAUAUACUAAAUUUACUGAAGAACAACUUUGCAAAUGUCAAUUGAAAGAUGAACUUACUGAUAAUAAAAAAAUAUUAGAAGAUUAUAAAAAUUUUAACAAUAUAUUAGAAAAUGAUUUAGUAAAUCAUAAACAAAUAAUAAAUCAUUUGGAGACAGAAUUAAUAUGUACUAAACAAAAUUUAGAAAAAUUUGAAGAAAUGAAAGAGACAUUUCAAAAUCAAUAUAAAAAUCUUAAAUCUGAAAAUGAAAAAAAUUUACUUGAUUUAAAUAAUAUAAAUGAUAAACUUAGAAAAUCUCAACAAGAAGUAUGUAAUAUAUCAGAUCAAUUAAAAUUUAAAGAUAAGAAAAUUCAGAAUUUAAUUGAAGAAAUUACUUCUUUAAAAAUUAGAAAAAGAACAUAUAAUACAUUUACAGAUGGGAGAAGAAACUAAAAUGAAAAAUUUUAUAAAAGAACUGGAAACAAAAUUGCUAAAAAGUCAAUGUCAUUUAGAUCAAUUAAAUAUAGAAGUGAAAUUAAAACAAGAAACACUAGAACUUGUGCAAAAUGAAUUUGAAAAUUUAUCAAAAGAAACAAUUGCAUCUAAAAUAAAAUUAAAAGAAAUAAUUAUAAAUCUGCAGGAAGUAAGAAGCAAUCAAGAUGCAGUUUUAAAAACACAAGAGAAAA